AUGCCGCGAGCAACUCUUGAUUUGCAAAACUCCGCCGAUCUGACUGCCAUUGGCGGACAGUGGAAAUGCGCCCACGGAUUUGUGCCUGGCGAACCCAACGAGGGAAUUGUCAGCGAAGCCGAAGGGUCGCCGUGCCGCUUGCCGGAUUUUGACGAUUCGGGCUGGGAAGUGUGCGACGACCUCGUCGCCUGGCGACGGCGCGGUGUGUCUUUCGUGUGGUACCGAAUCACCGCAACGCUGCCGGAGACGGUGGGCGGACGCUCUCUCGAUGGAGCGCGUUGCCUGUUUGAGUCGUGCAUCGACGACUACGGCGAGAUAUGGAUAAACGGCGAGUGUGACCGCGAACGCGCCACGGUUCAGGGCUUCAACGUACCGCAGCGGGUGGUGGUUACAGCCGAGCCGAAAGCUGGUGACGAAGUCACCAUCGCAAUCCUGGCCAUGAACGGUCCGCUGGCCGCGCCAGGAGGGGCGGUUUUCGUGCGGUACGCCACGCUGGCUUUCGAGUGGCGGGAGUAG